AUGGCGGUAUACAGUGAAUCAGAGAGCUCCGAUUAUUUUCGUUCAUCUAGUGAAACUCAAAGCACUUUUAAUGGUGAAAAAUAUCUACAUAUAACUAAGAAAGGAUCGAUCAAGUGGGAAAGCUUUGAAUCGCUUCAAAGUUUUUUUAACUCGUUUUUGAAAGCCGAGACGAAAUGGACGACGCCGCGUGGUGGCUACAAACAAUAUGAAGCUGAUAAUAACCUAGUAAUUCGCUGGUAUUCUUCAUCAAAGUCGCUUUGUUUCAGUGUACCUACCAGUGAAAAUUUAAAGUUAAAGCUUAUUAACUUGGUGCCUAAACAACAACAAAUCAUAGACGGCGUCGAGGGCGAAAUAUCAGUCGAUCAAACGUUAGACUAUGAUGAUGAAACUACAAAUACGACAGACGAUGAACAUUCAAAUGCUGACAACGAUAAACAUUCAAAUGUUGAAAACGUUGAACAUUCGAGUGUCUCUCUGGAAAAAACGCUGAUAAUUUCAAACUUUUAGAAAAUCGUGUGAAUGCAAAGGUACUCGAGCUUUCAAGUAAAAUCGACAAAUUAAAAUCGAACAGUGUAUGUAACAAUGAUCUGUCCCAAGAAUAUAUGCAAAACAUAUAGUACAGGAGAAUAAAUCGCUAAAAGCAGAAAAUGACACCUUAAAACAACGCUGCGAAAAUCUUGUAUAUGCUAUGGCGUCACUUAAAGCAAACGUAAGCGAUCUAGAGAAGGAGAAAAAAUCUCUGCUUAUGGUAAUAAAAGUUCUUCAGACGGAUGCCGACCUAUAAAUCAGCCAGAAAAUUUUAAAGGACAAUGGCAAUAAAUUUUUUUUAUUCCUGAUAUUGGUAAAACUGGACCCCCUGAUUACGAAUAUGCUAUUAGUUUUCAUCAAAAAUGUUUUGUUCUCAAGUUAUUUCACCGUAAAUAUUCAGUACGUCCGCCAUCUUGGAUCGAUUUUCAAAAAAUUAUCUUUUGGGUCACAUGACCUGUGUGACGUCAAGAGCAGGGUAGAAUCAAAUAUGUUUUAUUAGGCGCAUAUUGCGACUUCGUACUUCUAGUGAGAAAUUUGGCGCUUUUUGAUUACUUAGAUGGAAAAUAUCCACGAUGUCAAGUAGAUAAGGUAUUGCCUUAUCAAUUUGAACCUAAACUGGGCUUACAAACAAGCGAUAGCGGUGACGAGAGCGACUCCGAAGAACAGAGUGAAUCGUCUGACGAGGAAAUCACCAAGUGUUUGAGGUCGAAAAUGCUUGGCGCAUUUCGCAUCGAAGCCAAAGAAUAUUGA